CGUUGGGUAAUCUGAUAAGAAUACAACGCCACGAUCACGAACAUACUAUAUCUAACACAUUUGACAACUUAACAAAAUACAAAAUAAUAUGACCACUAAUUGUAUUUAGUUAUUAAUAAUGUCGUUAGAAUAAAUUUUAUCAUAUAAUAUGUCAAUUGUGUUGCUAGAUUGGUUUAUUGGAUUAUGUGCAAUCCGUAGUACGCGUCUGUUACGUCCUCGGCGUUAAUUGUGUGAUGUCGUUGUUUGAUAUACCAACAUUGAAAUUACCAGCCAUAAGAAUCAUCGAAUUUUAAAUUACAGAUUAAAGAAAAUGCCUGUGAUGACUGCCAGUAUAUUAAAACCAUCUACUGUGUACUGACUUGUUCGUAAGAGGAUAUUCGAUAAUAUUUUAUCAAUGCGACGAUCGGAGACCUCACAAACAAUAAAAAAACACAGGAUAUUAAGAAAUGGUAAAAUAUUAAUACCAACUAAGAAAAAAUUAAAAAAAAAAAAUACAAAUAGUAAUAGUCAGAUGUCACAUAACAAUUGUAUUAAAGCCAAUUAUAUUGGUUAUAACAACACGAAUGACACUGAUAUUUAUGACAAAUUGUUAAAUAAAUAUGAUCAUGUUUUAAAUGGUCGCAAACUGUUCAUAGUGCUUACCAAAUUACCAUCAAUAAGUCAAACACAAUUACUCCCAAACCAUCCAAACUUCAAUAAGAACAAUAAAAAAAAUACUAAUAAUACUACUAAUAAUAAUAAUAAUAAAAGUAAUAAUAAUAAUAAUUAUAGAAAUGGAUACAAAAAAUUAGAAAAUUUUAUCAGCUCUAACGAAAUUCAAAUAUACGAUAAUUUGGGAAUAAAAAUGAAUUUUAAGUCUCAGUUAAAUGUAGCAAAAAAUCAAGAACUACAAAUUCCAACUCCUACAAUAGUCAACAGUAUUAAUAAAAUAAAAAUAGUAAAACAAAAAGAUGAACAAGUUGACAAACGAAUAACACGUGGAAAAAGUAUAAAACAAAAAUCAGAAGAAAGGAAACAAUUAGAUAAAAUAAUGUUUGACAAGUUUCCAAAUAAUACAUUUAAAAAGUUUGCUGUUCGCCUUGAUGACAUCAGUAAAGAAGUAAAAUUUCUUAGUUCACUUGGAUUAACUUUCCGUUGUAAAUGUCCACUGACUUACAACAAAAAAAGAAGAAUGUAAUUUCAACUGGUAAUAUGUUUUCUCUUGUAAAUUUAUCACAGGUACAAAAAAAAGUAUAAAUUUAUUUACCUUAUCUAUAAUAAUUAUAUGUAUACUAUUAUAUCUAAUAAUGAGUGAAAAAGAAAUUGUAAUAUAAUUAUUUAUUAUUA